AUGUUUGAUAAUCUGUCCUGGUCACAGCCUCCCCUCCAGCCUCCUCCUCCAGACUUCCCCUCCAAACCUCUCCCGGCCUCCUCUCCAGGCCCCCUCCCCCCAGACCUCCCCACAGACAACAGCAGUUCAAAGGAGACUUUAUUCCCGAUCUGUCUACAGAUGAUUCUCUGGAACGGAGCCGAAAUUCAUCAGGUCUGUGGGUGUCAGGGUCUGUGGGUCAGGGGUCAGGGUCAGGGUCUGAGGGUCAGGGUUUCUGUGUGGGUCAGGGUCUGUGGAUCAGGGUCUGGGGAUCAGGGUUGUGGGAUUCAGGAGUCUGUGGGAUCAGGAAACACCCCGGACCAUCAAGGGCUCCGACCAAACACCCUCCAUCACUGCAUUACAAAGACAGAUCAGAGACCCAGCAUCAGAGACCAGCACCAGAGACAGCAGCAGAGACCAGCACCAGAGACCAGCACCAGAGACCCGAGCACCAGAGACCAGCACAGAGACCAGCACCAGGAGCCCCAGCUCCAGAGACCAUGUGGUUUUUACCUGGAAGACGGGGGGGGGGAUGACGGGGGGGGGGGGGGGGCAGGGGGGCGGCGCGCUGCCAGAAUCGCCCAAAACUCUUUGAAAGACCCUGACCCACAGACCCUGUACCCUACAGACCCGGACCCCUGGACCCUGGACCCCACAGACCCGCUGGAACCCACAGACCCUGACCCACAGACCCUGACCCCACAGACCCUGACCCCCACAGGACCCUGCCCCUACAGACCCUGA